CUUGGCUUGGGAGCGUACAGCAGGAGGGGGCGCGGGGGGUGGAGAGCCAAGCCCAACAGCAUCUUGUGUGUUUGACUUUUUUUUUCUCCCCUCCCUCCUCCUUCCGUGAGACAGUUUGAUGAAUGCCUGCGAGAGGGGUAUGAUUUGCUGAGGCGCCUGUGGCAGGGCGGUGUGUGCGCGGUGUCAGCCCCGCCGCCGCCCCCCGUGGGGCUGUGAGCGGCCCGCGGCGGGGGACGCGCGUGGGAGCGGCUGCAGCGCUGCGCGGGGAGCGCCGCUGGGGCGGAGGGCGCUCCGCGGCCUCUCGCCGGGGGCUCCGCGGGCAGGCACGGCUUCGAAAGGGGCGAAGAGGAGAAUAAGUAGCUCGCCCAACUCCGCCGCACCCUGAGCCCCUGGGCUUGCUUCGCCAUUGCGGGGAGCGUGUGAAGACGAGACCCCUCUCCCAGCCACCGACGGGCUAGCGAGGGACGGCCCGGGCGCGGCCCGGCGCCCAGCGAAGUUGCCUUCAGCCGCGGACCGGUGUCACCCGCCACGCUUUGCCGGGGUUGUUUUCUUCACUUGGCUUUGGAUAGAAAAGACUUCGCUGUCUCCGCACCCUGAAAGUUGCCCGAGCGCUCCCCGCGGCGAGGAGGAGGGCGGCGCGCCCCGCGCCUCCCCGGGGCCGAGGCCGGCGGGCCCGGCCGGGCUGCAGCGGGCGGUGAUGAUGUGCGGCUGGGGGAAGCUCACCCUGUCCCUGGGGCUGCUGCUGGCGAUGGCGGGCGCGGUGGCGCCGCAGCCGUGCCCGGCGCAGUGCUCCUGCUCGGGGAGCACCGUGGACUGUCACGGGCUGGCGCUGCGCGGCGUCCCGAGGAACAUCCCCCGCAACACCGAGAGGCUGGAUCUUAAUGGAAAUAACAUCACGAGAAUCACGAAGACCGACUUUGCUGGUCUAAGGCACCUUCGAGUUCUCCAGCUCAUGGAGAACAAGAUUAGUACUAUUGAGAGAGGAGCAUUCCAGGAUUUAAAAGAACUGGAGAGGCUGCGCCUAAACAGAAAUAACCUCCAGUUGCUUUCUGAGCUGCUCUUUCUGGGGACGCCGAAGUUAUACAGGCUUGAUCUUAGUGAAAAUCAGAUUCAAGCAAUACCAAGGAAGGCAUUCCGAGGCGCAGUAGACAUAAAAAAUCUGCAACUGGAUUACAACCAGAUCAGCUGUAUUGAAGAUGGGGCAUUUAGGGCUCUGCGUGACCUGGAAGUGCUCACUCUCAACAAUAACAACAUCACUCGACUAUCCGUGGCAAGUUUCAACCAUAUGCCCAAACUCAGAACAUUCCGCCUGCACUCCAACAACCUGUUCUGCGACUGCCACCUGGCCUGGCUGUCGGACUGGCUGCGGCAGCGCCCGCGCGUCGGGCUCUACACGCAGUGCGCCGCGCCCUCGCACCUCCGCGGGCACAACGUGGCCGAGGUGCAGAAGAGGGAGUUUGUCUGCAGCGGUCACCAGUCCUUCAUGGCUCCAUCCUGCAGUGUCUUGCACUGCCCCACUGCCUGCACCUGCAGUAACAACAUCGUGGACUGCCGUGGGAAAGGCCUUACUGAGAUCCCAACAAACCUUCCAGAAACCAUCACUGAAAUACGGUUAGAACAAAAUUCGAUCAAAGUCAUACCUCCUGGAGCUUUCUCCCCCUAUAAAAAGCUUCGAAGAAUUGACCUGAGCAAUAACCAGAUCUCUGAAGCAGCUCCAGACGCUUUCCAGGGCUUACGUUCACUCAAUUCACUAGUCCUCUAUGGCAAUAAAAUCACUGAACUUCCGAAGGGCCUAUUUGAAGGACUCUUUUCUCUGCAACUUCUAUUAUUGAAUGCCAACAAGAUCAAUUGUCUGCGAGUGGAUGCAUUUCAAGACCUUCACAACUUGAACCUUCUUUCUUUGUACGACAACAAGCUUCAGACCAUUGCGAAGGGCACCUUCUCACCCCUCCGUGCGAUCCAGACCCUGCAUUUGGCUCAGAACCCCUUUAUCUGUGACUGCCAUCUGAAGUGGCUGGCGGACUAUCUGCACGCCAACCCCAUUGAGACCAGCGGUGCCCGCUGCACCAGCCCGCGCCGCCUGGCCAACAAAAGGAUCGGCCAGAUCAAGAGCAAGAAAUUCCGCUGCUCAGCUAAAGAACAGUAUUUCAUUCCAGGCACUGAAGAUUACAGAUCCAAAUUAAGUGGAGACUGCUUUGCAGAUUUGGCUUGCCCUGAGAAAUGUCGCUGUGAAGGGACCACAGUGGACUGCUCCAAUCAGAAACUCAACAAAAUUCCUGAUCACAUUCCCCAGUACACAGCAGAGUUGCGGCUAAAUAACAAUGAAUUUUCAGUCCUGGAAGCUACUGGAAUCUUUAAGAAACUUCCUCAGCUGCGUAAAAUAAACCUGAGCAAUAACAAGAUUACAGAUAUAGAAGAAGGAGCAUUUGAUGGAGCCUCUGGUGUGAAUGAACUAUUGCUCACAAGCAACCGCUUGGAAAAUGUUCAACACAAAAUGUUCAAAGGACUAGAUAGUCUCAAAACACUGAUGCUGAGGAGCAACAGGGUGAGCUGUGUGGGAAAUGACAGCUUCACAGGGCUGAGCUCUGUCCGCCUGCUCUCGCUGUAUGACAACCAGAUCACCACCGUGGCGCCCGGCUCCUUCGACACGCUGCAUUCACUCUCUACCCUAAACCUCUUGGCCAAUCCCUUCAACUGCAACUGCCACCUCGCCUGGCUGGGAGACUGGCUCAGGAAGAAACGCAUUGUGACGGGGAACCCUCGCUGCCAGAAACCUUACUUCCUCAAAGAGAUCCCUAUCCAGGAUGUGGCAAUUCAGGAUUUCACAUGUGAUGAUGGAAAUGAUGACAAUAGCUGCUCUCCCCUGGCCCGCUGCCCUGCAGAAUGUACUUGUCUGGACACAGUAGUUCGCUGCAGCAACAAAGGUCUAAAAGCUUUGCCAAAAGGCAUCCCAAAAGAUGUGACUGAACUUUAUUUGGAUGGAAAUCAGUUUACCCUUGUUCCAAAAGAGCUUUCCAACUAUAAGCAUUUGACACUCAUAGAUUUAAGUAACAACAGAAUCAGCACUCUUUCUAAUCAGAGCUUCAGCAACAUGACUCAGCUGCUCACCUUAAUUCUUAGUUACAACCGCCUAAGAUGUAUUCCUGCACGGACUUUUGAUGGAUUGAAAUCACUUAGGUUAUUGUCUUUGCAUGGCAAUGAUAUUUCUGUUGUUCCUGAAGGAGCCUUUAAUGAUCUCUCAGCAUUAUCACACCUGGCUAUUGGAGCAAAUCCUCUUUAUUGUGAUUGUAAUAUGCAGUGGCUCUCUGACUGGGUAAAAUCAGAAUACAAAGAACCUGGUAUUGCACGUUGUGCUGGUCCUGGAGAAAUGGCAGAUAAACUCCUUCUCACAACUCCUUCUAAGAAAUUUACUUGCCAAGGUUCUGUGGAUGUUAAUAUUCUUGCAAAGUGUAAUCCCUGUUUAUCAAAUCCGUGUAAAAAUGAUGGAACCUGCAAUAAUGAUCCGGUUGACUUCUACAGAUGUACAUGCCCAUAUGGUUUCAAGGGUCAAGACUGUGAUAUUCCCAUUCAUGCUUGCAUUAGUAACCCGUGCCUCCAUGGUGGAACCUGUCACUUGAAAGAGGGAGAAAAAGAUGGUUUCUGGUGCACUUGUGCAGAUGGAUUUGAAGGUGAAAACUGUGAAGUAAAUGUUGAUGACUGUGAAGACAAUGACUGUGAAAACAAUUCUACUUGUGUGGAUGGAAUUAAUAACUAUACUUGCCUAUGUCCACCUGAAUAUACAGGUGAACUCUGUGAGGAGAAAUUAGAUUUCUGUGCCCAAAACCUGAAUCCUUGCCAGCAUGAUUCAAAGUGUAUCUUGACACCCAAAGGAUACAAAUGUGAUUGCACACCUGGAUAUGUAGGUGAGCACUGUGAUAUUGACUUUGAUGACUGCCAGGACAACAAAUGUAAAAACGGAGCACAGUGCACUGAUGCAGUUAAUGGAUAUACGUGCAUUUGUCCAGAGGGGUACAGUGGCUUAUUUUGUGAGUUUUCACCGCCAAUGGUUUUACCUCGCACCAGCCCUUGUGAUAAUUAUGAAUGUCAAAAUGGGGCCCAGUGUAUCAUAAAAGAAAGUGAACCAAUCUGUCAGUGUUUAUCAGGCUACCAGGGUGAGAAAUGUGAAAAGCUGAUAAGUAUAAACUUCAUCAACAAAGAAUCCUAUCUGCAAAUCCCUUCAGCUAAGAUACGCCCCCAAACCAACAUCACUCUACAGGUUGCCACAGAUGAGGACAGUGGGAUCCUGCUGUACAAAGGCGAUAAAGAUCAUAUAGCAGUGGAACUGUACCGGGGUAGAGUGAGGGUCAGCUAUGACACAGGAUCAUACCCUGCCUCUGCCAUUUACAGUGUGGAAACAAUUAAUGAUGGCAAUUUCCACAUUGUGGAGCUGCUAGCUAUGGAUCAGAUUCUAUCUUUAUCUGUUGAUGGAGGAAGCCCCAAGAUAAUUACCAAUUUGUCCAAGCAAUCCACUCUGAAUUUUGAUUCUCCACUGUAUGUGGGAGGCAUGCCUGUGAAAAAUAACAUAGCAGCUAUACGCCAGUCCCCAGGACAGAACGGCACCAGCUUCCAUGGUUGCAUCCGUAACCUAUACAUCAACAGCGAGCUCCAGGACUUCAGAAAUGUGCCACUGCAAGUGGGAAUUCUGCCAGGUUGUGAGCCUUGUCAUAAGAAAGUCUGUGUGCAUGGCACAUGCCAUGCUACCAGCCAGUCAGGCUUCUCCUGUGAGUGUGAAGGAGGAUGGACCGGACCACUCUGUGACCAACAAACUAACGACCCAUGUCUUGGAAAUAAAUGUGUGCAUGGUACCUGCUUGCCGAUCAAUGCAUUUUCAUACAGUUGUAAAUGCCUGCAGGGACAUGGGGGAGUCCUCUGUGAUGAAGAGGAAAUGCUGUUUAACCCCUGCCAAUCCAUCAGGUGUAAACAUGGCAAAUGUAGGCUUUCAGGACUUGGGAAACCAUAUUGCGAAUGCGGCAGCGGAUACACGGGGGACAGUUGUGAUAAAGAAAUCUCCUGUCGAGGGGAACGAGUCCGAGAUUACUACCAAAAGCAGCAGGGCUACGCCGCGUGCCAGACGACCAAGAAGGUAUCGCGACUAGAGUGCGCGGGCGGGUGCUCGUCCGGGCAGUGCUGCGGGCCGCUGCGCAGCAAGCGGCGGAAAUACUCCUUCGAGUGCACCGACGGCUCCUCCUUCGUCGACGAGGUUGAGAAGGUGGUGAAGUGUGGCUGUACAAAUUGUCCCUCCUAAGCGCCCCUGUCACACUUGUCUUUUGAAAAUGUUGUAUACUUAUUGACCGUGUCGGACUAAUUAAUGCUUCAUAGUGGAAAUAUUUGAAAUAUAUUGUAAAAUACAGAACAGACUUAUUUUUAUUAUGAGAAUAAAGACUUUUUCUUCACUGAAAAAAAAAAAGAGAUUCAAGUGCUUGAACUGAAACUUCUCAUACCCAAGAGGAGCUUUGAAGAAAAAAAAAAAAAAAAAGACCUGGUAACAUUGCAGCAGAGAUGGGAAACUUUAACUGCUUUUAACAUGGAUUCUUCUUUGUAACAUGCUGAAGAUACACUGACACUAUACACAUGUGACUUUCAACUUAACAGCUCAGAGAUGAGAUACUGAUCAGAACACGAGGCUUGUUUUUUUUCACUUUCGUAUCAGUCUAUUUUAUUGUCUUGGCAGACCAUACCGAUCACUUACCUAUGGAUGAGGAAGCUUUAUGAGCAAAAAGAUUAUACAGAAAUAACAAUUGUUUGAAACACAUUUUGUAUUUUGGAAUUACUAAGCAUCUUGAGAAGAUGGGGUCUCAUUUAAUGAAUGGGAAAUGGGAGAUACAAGAAUAUACUGUAAUCCAGAAAUCUCCUGAUGAUGUGUAAUUUAUGUCAGCAUGUUAGCAAAAGAAGCAUAAAAAAAGUGUUUAUCUUCCCUUUUACAGUAUUAAUUUUUUGUAAUAUAAAUGUUCCAGGGAUGAUAAAAUAGAUUAUUGAUGGAUAAAUUAGUAAUAAUAUGGAUUUCUGUUUCUAUGAGUUCUAAACAACUCUAUACAGUAUUGGGUUUCAUUGAGAAAUAUUUAUUGUAUCAAAGUACAUUGUACUUAACCCUUUUAGGCCAUCCCUUUUAUUGUUUUUCAAUGCUUUAAUAUAUAUUAAUUUAUAUUUGUCCCAGUAUUUUUGUAAUUUUUUUUAAAGGACUUAAAAAUCAGGAUUUUUUUGCAAUAGAACUAACGUAGCCUGUUGUCUUGGGGUAAAAUGUUUUCAGUCUGUUUUUCCCUUUCUGUUCCCUUUUACUUUUCCUUAGAAUCUGACCACUUGGUGUCACUGAAUAGAAAGUGGUGACAAUUUAUGGUUUCACAUAUAGCAGACAUUCAGGACACCUUCCAAGAAUGUGUAAUGUAUUACAGAAAAUGUCUUUACACUAGAUGGCAAUUGUAGAGAAGUUAAUUUUCCCUAUAUACAGUACUUACAGAAAAUAAGAUGGCGUGUAGAAAAUGACAUUAGAAGAUAGAUCUUUAUAAAUUAAUAUUCCCAUGGAGCUCUUUACCUUUUUUAUAAAAAAGAAAAAAAAGGCUGUGCUAUCAAAAACUGUGAUUUUCCCCAAAUAAUAAAACUACUUUACUGCCCUAAUGUUCCCCACGUUAACAUGUUGCUGCUAAAUUAUAAUGUAGAUCUGGUAAUCAAUAGUGGGUUGUGUUCUUCUUUCAGUAAAACCCAGGGUACCCUGUAAAAAUGCAGAUGUUUUUUCAAUUUUAUUUUAUUAUUUUUUUUUACAAAAAAGUUAGAUGUACAUGUGUAAUGCAGUGUGCUUUGUCAUAUUUGGACUGAUAUCAGUAAUGCUACUGAUGUUUGUAAAUUAAACAGAUAUUUACUUCAUUAA